AUGGCCAGCUUUGCGAGGUCAUUCAAACCGCCCUCUGCCCUUCUUUCGCCUCGUCGACGGCCAGGAAUGUCUGGUCGGACCUUGUCCACUUCUUCCGACCUGUCCUUGACACCGAGCGCCGUUGCGGCACACCAAACGGACUACUUCGUCGACCGUCCGGUAGCAUCGGCCCCGAGCUCGCCAUUCAUGUCUCCUGCUUUUGGAGCUACGUCAGAAGACGGGGCACAGUCUACCAAAGGUAGCCCUGAGUUCUCGGUUGGCUCUUCGCGAUCAAACAGCAAUCCCAUCGCUAUUGAACUUCCCAAGUUGAGAAAAUUUAACAGUUCUGGUUCUACUUGCACGCCUCCAGAACCUUUGUCUGCUCGAGGUGAUCUUCCGGGGGGAUACUUUCCUAUGCACGAGGACCCCAAGAGCAGAGUCCACCGUCCACAUCCAUUUUUCAACGAAUCUUCCCUUUCUCGUCAUCAGCGAACCUCAGACUCAAUCACCAUGCAAGCUGAGCGAGCUCGAACCUCACACGCCGCCAUGUCCUCACCCAUGGCCAACACAAGCACACCAGUGUCAUCCUAUAUCGCGCCGGGCUUCCAUGACGCCCCCUUACCGAUGGGCAAAUACUAUCCAUCAAACUACGAGCAGCAACACCCCCAACCUGAGUCAGAUCGACUACGACCAACUUCCUUCACCGACGCUGCCCCAUCCUCCGUGAAGUCGGAUUCGCAUGUACCACAGCUGAGGCCCGAGUCAUCCCGAGGUGAUAAUCCUCAGAUGGAAAUGCGCCGCAAAAUGCAACAGUAUCAGCGAGACAUGAUUGCCCAAGCCACCAUGGUAUUGGGAGCGUCCACCAAGUCCGGAACCAGCAUCUCCCUCAACGGACUGCCAAUCAAGGAUAUUUGGCUCUCAGGUUCAGCGUCACAGAAGCCUCUCUCACCAAGACUUCACCCUCUAGGCAGCCCUGGGCCCGUCACGCCCAUGGAGCUCGAAUCAAGCGGCAGUGGCUAUCUCGACAGAGGAAUAAAGUCGCCCUCGCCGCUUUCCAAGGACGGUCUCGCCUCUCCUAGUUCGGGAUAA